ACCUUCAAGAUCACUAACCCUCAUAUUCACCACUUCCUGAAAUAUGGCAGACAGACAGAUAUUCAGUACAAACGAAUUAUUAGUUCAUAAAAACGCGUUGGUGCAUAUAUGAUCUUUCACUGCUGCAAUAUUCACUAUCAUCUAACCUUAUUUUCAGCAACCUCUUGCAUCAAAAGCAGUAUUCAGGGCAUAAAAACAUCGAUUGACUUAGUCGUGAUAAGUAGAAUAAUAAAACUAUUACUGAGAGUCAACAAUUUAACAUAAUGUUUAGUUCAACAUCAAUUAAACUAACUCAUUAAAGUUUAGAAUAAUGGAUGCAAUCCGCAUCAUGUGAAUGGUUGAAAUCUACAAUUUACACAUAUUUGUUAGAUAUUCCAAAAAUAAACCAAUGAGAAAUCAGUGCAUGACAAAAUGUUAGAAAGUUUCGGUUUGUGAAACAGUAUUUAAACGAACCAAAUCAAACGACAAAAGUUGUAGACCUCGUAAGACAAAGAUAUGCUUCCUACCGUCUUAUCGACAGUUCCGAAAUGCUUGCUAUUUUUCAUAGCAGUCAUACUAUCACAGUAUAAAAUUGAGUGUAAAUCGUCAUUAUUGGAUGUAACAGAUCCAGAAACUUGGAAGAGGUUGGCAGUUGAGAGACUUAGUAAAUUUGAACAAUCAUUAUAUUACUCAUCACUCAAACGACCAAAAAAUAUCAUCUUAUUUAUUGGUGAUGGUAUGAGCUUGAGCACUGUUACUGGAGCGAGAUAUUUGAAAGCGGAGAAGAUGGAUGUCUUAGGUGGUGAUGUACAGCUAGAAUGGGAAAACUGGCCUGUUGCAUCACUUGUCCGUACAUUCAACUCAGACAGACUGACAACAGAUUCAGGUUCUGCGGCAACUGCUUUUAUGUCAGGUGUAAAAGGACCUGAUGGCACUGUCGGUAUCACGGGAACAGUGAAGUGCUGUGAAUGUACUGAGUUAACAGAAGUGGAAAGAGCGAAAUCUUCUCUCAUGUAUGCCUCUAAUGCAGGAUUUUCCACUGGAAUAGUAACAACUACGAGGGUUACUCAUGCAACACCCGCAGCAGCAUAUGCCAAUAUGUUACAUCGAGAUUGGGAAUCAGUAGGCCCAUCAAACAAGCGCGGAUUCCACUGCACAGACGCUGCUGCACAACUACUGACGAACGCUUCUCACGUCAACGUUAUAAUGGGAGGAGGGGCAACUGAAUUCUAUGGCCGGUCGAGCACUCUAGCUUUUAACAAAAAAGGAAAACGCUCUGAUUCACGCAACCUCCUACAAGAAUGGAAAGAGAUGCAGAAAAAGAUGGGUCGCAAGCAUGUUCUCUUGCAUACAAACGAUGAGUUUAAACGAACUGACUGGUCCUCAGUUGAUUACGUUCUGGGUUUGUUUGCUCCGAGUAACAUGGCUUAUCAACUUGAAAAUCAUGACCAGCCAAGUUUAGCAGACAUGACAGAAGCUGCUAUCAAAAUACUGUCUCGUAAUCCUAAAGGAUACCUUUUGUUAGUGGAAGGAGGUAGAAUUGAUCAUGGUCAUCAUGUUAAUCAGGCCAAAUAUGCGUUAACUGAAACUUUGGAGUUCGAAAAAGCCGUCGAGAAAGCAUUGUCACUUGUUAAUCAACAAGAAACAUUACUACUAGUAACAGCUGACCAUUCUCACGUUUAUGGAGUGGUCGGCUAUCCGACAAGGGACACAAGUGUGCUAGAUGUGGAUAACACUGCAAAGGGAAAUGAUAAUAAAUCAUAUCUCAUAUCUUCCUAUUUCAAUGGACCAAGAGGUAUAAUGGAUGCACCUCGAUCGGAUCCGGCAACAGAGGAUAGAUUUGCAAGCAGCUAUACCGCAGAAUCAUUAGUGAGACUCAAUUUUUCUACACACAGUGCUGAGGAUGUACCGAUUUAUGCUAAUGGACCUUACAGUGAACUAUUUCAUUCUUCAUUGGAUAACACAUUUAUUGCACAUGCAACUAUGUACUCGCUUUGUAUCGGACCAUACACGAAUCAGUCACAUUGUAACGAAGGAAACAAUGGAUUUCAACUCAGAGGACUUCAUCUGAAUAACUUUUAUUAUUUACUAUUUCUCAGUGUUAUUUUGUACACUUUCAUACAUUAGUGCAUAUUUUGUGGUAUUUUGUUCAAAUUAUUAAUUUCAUGUGUUUCAUGUAAGCAUAUUUGUUAUUUGUAAUAUUUAUCAGGUUAGAUUAGAUAAGGAUUCAUUAAAUGAAUUAUGGAUAUACAAGCAUGUAUUUUGUGAAUGAGUUUGUCGUUCAUAUGCAGUUCAUUUUCUGUUUAUCUGUUUUUGAUAUUCAUAUUUAUAUAAGAAUCUGUCAAAGCGAAAAUCGAAAUUGUUAUCAUCACUUAAAUUACAGUGUCAGACCUUCAGUUACCAUUACAGGCAUUCGUUGUCGUAUCGUUGAUAUACUAGAAUUUCGACUCGUUCCCACACUUUCUAAAACAGUUCGUUAAACAAUCACUAAGCACCAAUUUCUUGAAUUACUUCGGGACUUGGAUAACGUCAAAAUUAUCUGUAGUCAUGUAUUCGUUAAAGAUUGUUUGAUCAAUGGAGUGGUGAGUAAAAUGUUGGAUCAUAGUGUUUGACAAUCGAGAAAGAAGCCAACUACUCUAUUUUCCGUCGCAAGUAUUAUGAGUAUUGCAUUGCAUUUCAACUAGAUAGCUACCAAGAGGCCUAAUGUAUGAGCAUAAUUGUUUCACAAUCAUACAUAUAAUAAGAGUGAAGUAUGGACUGACUUGAACAACUUUGUAAAUUGUCAAUAAACUUCAAGGUUUAAUCGGACAUACACAGAUG